CGUGGUCUGCCGGCGACGUCUGCAGAGGAUCAAGAAGCAGAUCAGGCGCCAGCUGAACCGCGACAUCAUGCACUUCGCGAUGAUGCGGAUGCUCGCCAUCGACAGCGUCAGGGUCGACCGCGUGUUCAGCGUCGGGAUGCCACCGAAGACAUUGAUUGUCCCCGAUUUGUUAACCGUGAACGAGAGACGUCACAUCAACGAGCUUCUUCGUCACACGUAACGGACGAGCAUCCCUGCAUUGUGCUCGCAAUCGUUUUCAUUCUGUCCCCCGAUAUCAUUGUAAAGAACGGUUACAUUCGAAGAAUAACAGACGACGAGGUGAAGUCCCUGGCACUGGAAAUAGCCGGUACCAACGUCACGACAACGUAUAUCUUCUGCCCACGUGCACCCCAGAAAGCCCUCGGCAUUAAACUUCCAUUUCUCAUCAUGAUUAUCAAGAACAUGAAGAAGUACUUCACGUUCGAGAUAACAAUACUCGACAACAAGGAUAUGCACAGACGAUUUCGAGUGAGCAACUUUGAAAGUACCACUCGAGUUCGACCGUUCUGCACGUCAAUGCCGAUCGGCCUAUGCCCCGGCUGGAAUCAGAUUCAAUUUAAUCUAGCGGAUUUCACGCGCAGAGCGUACGGAACAAAUUAUAUCGAGACUACGCGCAUCCAAAUCCACGCAAACUGCAGGAUUCGACGUAUCUAUUUUGCAGACAGACUCUAUGCAGAAAACGAACUGCCCGAAGAGUUUAAACUCUUCAAGCCACUUCAGCGAGUGAAAUGCGUACAAGAGGACGACGAGAAAGAAAAGGAUUUCACACAGGAAGAAAUUGAAAUUCCAAACGACGUACCGCCUAUGAUGCCUGAUAUAGAAGAACCAGCUGAUAUUCCGCAGAUAUGGGAAGAACCAUUAGAAAAUAAUCUGCCAUUCGAAGAGCAGUUUGUUCCCCUAGAAGAGUUUAUGCCGACUCUGAACGAACAGGAAAGAGAGGAACAGGAAAGAGAGGAACAGGAAAGAGAGGAACAGGAAAGAGAGGAACAGGAAAGAGAGGAACAGGAAAGAGAGGAACAGGAAAGAGAGGAACAGGAAAGAGAGGAACAGGAAAGAGAGGAACAGGAAAAAGAGGAACAGCAAAGAGAGGAAGAGCAAAGAGAGGAAGAGCAAAGAGAGGCACAGCGAAGAGAGGAACAGCAAAGAGAGGAACAGCAAAGAGAGGAACAGCAAGGGGGACAGGAAGAGCUUCUUGAAGAAAUCGAAUACGAAGAUGAUGAAAUUGAUGAACAACUUAUUCGUGAAGUAUAUCGUGGAUACGACCCGGAUGAUGAAGCCAAUGGAGAACGAAUUCACGACGACGAAUUCGAAUAUAGAGUUCCAUAGAAUUGAGAAGUUUUUGAUUUCGUGUAAAUACGAUGAAUAAAGUGUCUACGUUUCUGUGACUUGAAAUAGCGCCCAAAUAAAUUUCGUUGUUAAUAAAUAAAUUGAAAUCUAAGAAAUUC